AUGGCGGCGGCGCGGGCGCUGUGGCGGCCCGUCCUGCCCGCCCCGCAGGGCUGCGGCCGGCUCUGGGCGCGGACGGGGAGCGCGGCCGUCACCCCUCCUCGUGGCGCCUCGCCGGGCGCGCGGAGCCCCUUCGACCGGCGGCUGAAGCGGAAGCAGAAGAACUGGGCGGCGCUGCGGCCGCGGCCGGCCGAGUGCGAGUACCUGCGGGACGAGGUCGGCGGCGGCGUGGCGGACCGGGUGCUCGACAUCCCCAGGACGUUCCGUCUGGCUUUGGACCUCGGCUCCGGGAGAGGUUACAUCGCCCGGCACCUGAACCGGGAGGUCGUUGAAAAACUCGUUCAGGUCGAUAUUGCGGAGAAUGUUUUCAAAAACGCUGUGGAGUCCGAAAUCCCUACAGUCAGCGUGGUCGCUGAUGAGGAGUUCCUGCCUUUCAAAGAAGACACGUUUGAUCUUGUUGUGAGCAGCUUGAGUUUACACUGGGUGAACGACCUUCCUAAAGCUUUUAGAGAGAUACACCAAGUUCUUAAGCCAGAUGGAGUCUUCAUUGGCGCAAUGUUUGGGGGAGACACUCUGUAUGAGCUUCGCUGCUCUUUGCAGCUAGCAGAAUUGGAGAGAGAAGGGGGAUUUUCUCCUCACGUGUCACCGUUUGUUGCUGUGUCAGAUUUGGGACAUCUCCUGUCAAGAGCUGGGUUUAACACCCUGACUGUGGAUACUGAUGAAAUUCAAGUAAACUAUCCAGGGUUAUUUGAGGUUAUGGAAGACUUGCAAGGUAUGGGAGAAAGUAAUUGCUCUUGGAAUAGAAAACCUCUGCUACACAGGGAUACAAUGUUGGCAGCUGCAGCAAUAUACCAAGAGAUGUAUGGCAAUAGCGAUGGCUCAGUACCUGCCACUUUUCAGAUCUUCUACAUGAUUGGAUGGAAAUUCCACGAGUCACAGGCAAAACCUGCACAGAGAGGUUCUGCGACAGUUUCAUUGGGAGAUCUGGCAAAAAUAGAUAAACUUCUUCAUCAGAAAUAAAAGUUGAUUUUGAGCUCCUAUAAAACUUGUCAGUGCAGGUAUCCUUCACGUACUUUGUUACAUUUUGAAGUGAUAAUCUGCAUGCAGCAGGGAAUUUUACUGCCUCUGCUACAUCAGUUGUAUAAAAUGAUGUUCAUUUUUUUCCUCCCAGAGAAGUAUUUGAGCAGCAGUUCUAAGUAUUAAGUAGUACAUGCUCUCCCUAUUUGAUUAAGUUACUCAGUUUUAACCCAUUUCCCAGUAUUUCAGUAGCACAAACUGCUCCAAGUAUUAUUGGCUAGUCUUGUGUAUAUCACUCUGUAUUAUCUUCAAAUUAUUCCUAAAGGAUGGUGGAUCAUAAUAAACAGAUUUGUCACUAAGUA